AUGAUGGACGCCGGAGUGGAGGAGCUUGACCUUCAAGGAGACGAGGAGACGAAGAAGCUAAGCACGGUUCCAUGCGCGCGGCUACUGCAAUGGCGUCCACCUUGCUCCAAAGCGGAGCCCCUCCUCUAG